ACACAUUCCAAUUAAAGAACUUGUUCGGCAGCUCACAGGGCAAAUGUUCUCAAAUAGCUGCUGAGAUACCUGCCUGCCUGAGAAAGAAGCAACUGAAGAGAAUCAUUGUUGGUCAUGCAAUAAAGGCCACUGGGUGCUCCAGAGGAGCUCAGUAACUUUAGAUGUGCCUUUGAGCAAGUAUGAAUGAAAGACAGUUUGGAAUGCUUGCAAGAUCUGCCUGUCUUUGAUGUAACCCGGUCAUUCCAUUACAAAACGGCUUAACUGCUGAGAACUCCAAGUUUCCAAAAGGUUACGUCUUUUGUAAAACAAAAGAGUUCAUUCAACAAAAAAAUUCAAUUAUGACCCGAGUCCUUCCUUAACAAUUAAAGGAAAAUGUCUUUUGGUGUUUGCCAAGCUUUUGGUAGUGAAGCUUUUUCCCACAGUAGAUAUCUAGAAUUAGUGUCAAUCAUUGAUGGUCACUGCUUAAAGGAAGUAGUUUUUCAUAGAACCAGUUCCAACAAAACCCAGGGGUAACUGGCAGUACCAAUAUUCUGCUCCUAAGCAAACUACCAUGGAAUUUUUACUGACCAUUCAAGAGAAGCUGGACAGUGUGAGUCUGUUCUUUGGAGUUUAGAAGAAUGAGGAGUGUCCUUAUCUAAACAUGUAGAUCCUAAGGGAUAACCAAAGAACUGCAGAUGAUGGAAUCUUGCGUGGACCAUAAAGUGCUGAAGUAACUCAUUGGGUCAGGCAGCAUCUCUGGAGCACAUGGAUAGGCGACGUUCUGGGUUGGGAUCAUUUAAACUUUAGACUUUAAAGAUACAGCGCGGAAACAGGCCCUUUGGCCCACUGAGUCCGAGCCGACCAGCGAUCAACUCGUACACUAGCACUAUCCUACAUGCUAGGGACAAUUUACAAUUUUCCCCAAAGCCAAUUAACCUACAAACCUGCACGUCUUUGGUGUGUGGGAGGAACCCGGAGGAAAUUCACGAGUUCACAGCGAGAAUAUACAAACUCCGUACAGACAGCACCUGUAGUCAGGAUCGACCCUGGGUCUCCAGUGCUGUAAGGCUGCAACUCUACUGCUGCGCCACUGUGUCGCCCUUUCUUCUGACCUCAGGUCCUAAGGGGCUUGACAGGGUAAACUGAAAUGAUUUCAAUUGUGGGAGAGUCACAAACAAAGGGUCAUAGCUACAAGCUGAGGGGUUGGUCAAUUAAAACCUGUUGCGCAGAAAUGUCUUCUGUCACAGGGUAGUAACUCUCUGGAAUCCUCUGCCCCUGGGGGUCAUGGAGUUCAGAUCAUUAGACUCUAUACAUUUAUAUAUAUGGAUAGGAAGGGUUUUGAGGGAUUUGGGCCAAAUGGCUACAAUGCCAAGUUCUUUGGCAUGGACAAGGUGGGCCAAAGUGCCUGUUUCAAUGGCUGUAAGAUGUGUUUAGUUUUUGGUUUAGUUUUAGAGAUACAGCAUGGGAACAGGCCCUUCAGCCCUCCAAGUUCACACUGACCAUCGAUUACCCUUUCACACUGGUUCUCUGGUAUCCCGGCUUGCAUCCACUCCCUGCACAAUUUAUAGAGGCCAUUUAACCUACCACCACCCACAUCUUUGGCUUUAGGGCCCUGAACCUGCUCCAAUUCUCUUGUGUUCUUGUGAUUUCUAAACUCAGUUUAUGGUUGUGGGUAACCCUCUCACUCUGAUGAAGGAUCUACUGGUAUUAUCUUCCUGAGACCUGAGUUCAAACAGUGGCUGGGUGAAAGUUUAGGUAUUGCUUAUUUAUUGUCACGUGUACUGGGAGACAGUGAAACAUUUUGUUCUGCCUGUCAUCAGGAAGAAGGUAUAGGAGUCUGAAAACUGUAAUGUGUCCAGAACAGCUUCUUCCCAACAUCUAUCAGGCUUUUCAACACUUCGAACUGCAACAAAAGUUCAUGUUAUAGUAGUCCAUCAAGUCUACUCCGCCAUUCAAUCAUGGCUGAUUAUCUUUCCCACUCAACUCUAUUCUCCUGCCUUCUCCCCAUAACCGUUGACACACUUAUUAAUCAAGAAUCUGUCAAUCUCUGCCUUAAAAAUAUGCAAUGACUUGGCCUCCACAGGAUGUAGUGCAAUGAAUUCCACAGAUUCACCACCCCCUGACUGAAGAAAUUACUCCUCAUCUCCUUUCUAAAGGCAUGUCCUUUUAUUACGAAGCUAUGGCCUUUGGUCCUAGACUUUCCCCCUAGUGGAAACAUCCUCUCCACAUCUACUUUAUCCAGGUCUUUCACCUAAACUCAGAAAUACGCACUGCCUGGGUAUACUGGGGAAUUUGUUUUUUUGUUUUUGCACUAUAUUGGGUUUUUUAUUUAUCGUGCCGUACAUGAGUGCAACAGAUAAUGGGUGGUGUGCAUAUGGAACGAGCUGCUGGAGGAGGUAGUUGAGGCAGAUACUAUAACAGUAUUUAAAAGACACUUGGACAGGUACAAGGAUAGGAAAGGUUUAGAGGGAUAUGGGCUAAAUGCAGCCAAAUGAAACUAGCUUAGAUGGGGAAUCUUGCUUGGCAUGGACGAGUUGGGCUGAAGGGCCUGUUUCCGUGGUCUAUGACUAUAGCAAUGAUGAGUGCCUGGACCGCACUUCCAAGGGGGUGGCGGAAACAGGUAUGGCAGUGACUUUUAUGAGGUUUUUAGAUAGGCACGUGGAUAUGCAGGGAACAGAGGGAUAUGGAUCACGUGCAGGCAGACGGGAUUAGUUUAACUUGGAAUCAUGUUCGGCAUGGACAUCGUGGCCCUUGAUAAGUUUCAACACUGGACUCUGUCUAACGGAAGGGAGAGUGACUUGGAUCACAGGCAGCAGGGGAGGAAUUGGGGACCUGGUGGGAGAAUGUGAGAAUCAUGCGAAGCUGAAUAAAACGGUGUAUUUGGUCAUUUGAGUAACUCGAUUCCAAGUGUUGUCAAAAAUUCACAUCAUAUCGGUAUACAUUCCCAAAUUAAAAAAAACUUGCAGAUCCAUAAAUCAUAAGCUAGAAACUAGCAAACACAAGGUGAGAUGAUGGAAUGGCAGGGUGUGAGAGGUUGACACAAGUAACUGCAGAUGCUAGAAUCUUCAGCAGAACACAAAGUGCAGGACUAACUCAGUGAGUCAAGGCAGCAUCUGUGGAGGGAAUGGAUAGAUGACAUAUUGUGUUGGGGCCCUUCUUCAGACCCAGAUUUGGCUGCAAAUUAUGAUCCUAAUGCAAGCUUUGAUAUCAAUGACAAUGAUCCAGAUCCUCAACCAAGAUACAACCAUAAUGACAAUAAUCGAAGAAUCAUUGAAUCAUUCUGAAGAAAGCCUCCAAUCCGAAGAGCAGUUUGUCCAUUCUCUCCACAGAUGCUGCCUGACCUGCUGAGUUACUCCAGCACUUUGUGUUGUACUCCUUGAUUAUGUUGGCUGCUUUCUCGAGGCUGUGUGGUCUCCAUUUAACUCCCUCUGCGGCCCCAGAUUGUUUUUUUAGUUCUCAACUUCAGAGAGAAGUUGCUACUGUAAAUUUAUAUUACAAAUUCUCUCUGAAGUGAGCUAAAUGAUGUGAAAAGCAUAUUUCCUCCUCAGAGAUCUGAGAUGAAUAUUUCCCAAAUUGUCAAUAAUUUGGUUCUUACUGGGAAAUGCAAAGAUAAUCUUUUGUGAAGCUGGUCUCCAGUCUGUGAGAAAGCCUUUUUGUCGACUCGUUGCUAAGGAGCCAGUUCAUCUGUAGCCUGCAGUUCAAGUGUUUCAACAUUUUAUAUUGGAAGCAUAGAAGAAGUACACCCAGAGGAGGUCAAACAACCUAUUAUGCCUAUUGAAAAAGAGCUACCCAGUUUUAACUCCAUCAUCCCAGUCCAAACCGUGCCGUACUUCCUUAAGACAUACAAGGAUGCCUUUUCGGUGUGUCAAGUCUAUGCUGGUCAAAAGGGCAAUCCCAUUUCCCACAAAUUUUCCCUGUAAUCUAUUCUCCCCACAUUCCCAUGAACUUUCAGGGCAUCAAUAUAGCUUCCUUCCUUGGAGACACAAGGAACUUGAAUUUUGCAUAGAACACAAAGCGUUGGAGUAGCUCAGGGGAUCAGGUAACAUCUCUUGAAGGGUCCUGACUCGAAAAGUCAUGUAUCUAUGUCCCCUAAAGAUGCUGCUCUCCUGACCCUCUGAAUUACUCCAGCACUUUGUGUUCUACUGCUUCCUUCCUUUUCUUGCUAUAAUUCUCUUUCUCUCUCCUUUUCUCUCUCUCUCUGUUUCUCUCUCUCCCUCCUCAUUUCUGUUCUCUUCCUACCUUGCUCUCUUCCUCUUUUCUUGUUCUGAGUCAGAGUGUCAGACACCACAGAAGCCGGCCCUUCGGCCCAUCAUCCAGCCAUCCAUUUUUACGCUCUAAUCUCAUUUUAUUCUCCUCACAUUCCCCUCAAUACCCCCAGGAUUCUCCCACUCACCCUCUUACAAGGGGUCAAUUACAGCGGCCUAUUAACCUACCAACUCUUACAUCUUUGGGAUAUGGAAGAACACCGGAGCAGGUGGGAGAACGUGCAAACUCCAUACAGUCAGCGGCAGAGGUCGGGAUUGAACCCGGGUCUCAGGAGGCCGUGAUGCAGCAGCUCCACUCGCUGUGCCACUCUGUCACCUAUAGACCACAGCUCUUUGAGUAAGAAUUUCAUUGUUCCUUUUUGGGAUAUACGACAAUAAAACACUCUGGACUCUGGAAAUGCACCUGCAGGUACAGUUUCAGUGUAAUGAUGUCUGCUGCCUCUUAAGGCCCUCUGGCAUUUGUUAUCCUUAGAAACGUUCACAGAACUAUUUAGAUGUACAUUAGAACACCAGGCCCAUCAUAUCCCGGUGAGAUUUCUUAAGGGCCAGCUGAUUAUCAUAGACAGGGUCCGUGGAGAAUUAUUCAUUUUAAAGAUCUGCAGUGUAAUGGAGAUGACAUGUGUCCUCCUGUUCUAUUAGGUCACGUUGUUUCAAUUAUGGGGCGCAAGAGAUCGUUCCUUCUCAUCAACUCACAAGACUACAGUGCCCGAAAUCAAGCAGAGAGACAGGCCGUCAACUUUGUAGUUCAAGGUUCUGCAGCUGAUAUUUGUAAGAUGGCAAUGAUUAAGAUUUUCAUGAGCAUUGCUUCCUCCUCCUCUCUCACAGCAAGAUUGGUGGCCCAGAUUCACGACGAGCUGCUGUUUGAGGUGGAGGAUGCUCAGAUUCACGAAACGGCAGAGCUUGUAAAAAGCACCAUGGAAUCACUGCAGUCCAUGGAGGCUGUUGGGGUGCAUCUGAAGGUCCCUUUAAAAGUGUCUCUCCGCACUGGGAAGUCGUGGGGCUCAAUGAAGGAGCUGUAAGAGGUGGGGAGUUGUCACACGAUGCUUUGGCAAGCUGUCGGACUGCCCUUGUUUUCCCCCGAUGCUGCCUCUCAAGUAACUUUCCUCUCGUUGCCUUUGACGCUCGGGGCAAUACUAAGAGCACCAAGCUGGUUUUUACCGGAUUAUAUGAUUGACAUAAUUAACAAGUUGUUUCUAAGUAAGUUAUGUUGAGCUGCAUGUUUUAGUAUCUUGUUUCCGUCUACUUGGUUUGAAAACAAUGUUUAUCGCUGUUUCUGGAUAAUAAUUUACUCUUGUUUGCUGCUAUAUAAUAGUCGUUUGACGUGCUUGUCGAGACACAGAAGGUGGCCAUUUGACCCAUUGCAUCCAUGCUGGCCACUGACAAAGCAACCCCAUUCCCUUUGACAUUCAUCUCUAACCACUUCCCUCUCGUAUGUUUGAUCAUUCCUCAGUUUAAACCUCCUUCACCCACUUUGUAGGCAAGGGCCACCAUAACACAGCCAGCUAUGCAAAGAUGUGUCCAACUCUCCAGUUGGGCUUCCUGUGAAAAAGUUGUAGCUUAAUCAAAUUAGACAUGGUUUUAAAUAAUGGAGCGGAGAAC